UCGCUACAUCACACUUCAUCUUUCUCUCUCUGCAGUCUCCUUUGUCAUUCUAGAAUUUUCCUUUCUUUUCCCCCAUUUUUUCUCGGAACCUCUUCACCAAACACCGUUACAAAAACUUUCCCGAUCUUGCUAAAUCGCGAUUCCAUCGUUGAUUUUUCAGUUCAUUUAGAAGCCUAAAAAUCACUGCGUGAAAUAGUGGUUGAACUUUUUGGAAGAAAAAUCCAGCUGUAUGAACUGGUUCGGAAAUCUGGAUUUAUCGUCAAACUUGAAUUUCAAUCACUUUGUUACUUGUUUGUUGGUUUUUUCCCUUCAUUUUUCUCCCCAGUCUCUCUGUUUCGUCAGCAAUUUCCCUGAACGGUUCUUAAUAGAUUGUAACAGUAAUCUCCAUCCUAAUCCAUGGAGUCAGGAAAUAAGAGUCACCCCAAAUUAACCAGAGCUCUUUGCUAUGGAAAUGUUAGCAGUGAGCAGGAGAGGUCACCAUCUGUUAUUGUCAUUGGUGGUGGCAUGGCUGGGAUUGCUGCUGCACGGGCACUUCAAGAUGCUUCCAUUCAGGUUGUUCUCUUAGAGUCUAGGGAAAGACUUGGUGGCAGAAUUCACACGGAUUACUCAUUUGGUUUUCCUGUUGACCUGGGAGCAUCAUGGUUGCAUGGAGUUUCCAAAGAGAAUCCACUUGCUUCAGUGAUUGGGAGGCUGGGGCUACCCCUUUACCGUACUAGUGGGGAUAACUCCGUGCUCUAUGAUCAUGAUCUGGAAAGUUAUGCACUUUUUGAUAAGGAUGGGAAUCAAGUUCCCCAGGAAUUGGUAACAAAAGUUGGUGAAGUGUUUGAGACAAUUUUACUUGAGACAAAUAAAGUAAGAAAUGAAUUCAAUAUAGACAUGUCCAUACAGCGUGGUCUUUCAAUUGUUUUUGAAAGGAAGCCAGAAUUAAGGUUGGAUGGGCUUGCCCAUAAGGUACUUCAGUGGUAUUUAUGUAGAAUGGAGGGCUGGUUUGCUGCUGAUUCUGAUACAAUUUCACUGAAUGGCUGGGACCAGGAAGUACUUCUCCCCGGUGGUCAUGGCCUUAUGGUCAGGGGCUACUUGCCUGUUAUAAAUACCCUAGCCAAGGGUCUUGAUAUUCGCCUAGGACACAGGGUCACAAAAGUUGUUCGGAGAUAUAACGGAGUAAAAGUGACGGUGGAAAAUGGGAAAACAUUUAUUGCUGAUGCUGCUAUUAUCGCUGUCCCUCUUGGUGUCCUUAAAGCAAACAGGAUAUCAUUUGAGCCAAAGCUCCCAGACUGGAAAGAAGCUGCCAUUGCUGAACUGGGAGUUGGACUUGAGAACAAAAUUAUUCUACAUUUUGAGAAUGUAUUUUGGUCUAAUGUAGAGUUCUUGGGAGUAGUUGCAGAUACAUCUUAUGGAUGUAGCUAUUUCCUCAAUCUCCACAAGGCUGCAAGUCAUCCUGUCCUUGUUUACAUGCCUUCUGGCCGGCUCGCCAAAGACAUUGAAAAAAUGUCUGAUGAAGCAGCUGCUAACUUUGCUUUCACGCAACUCAAGAAGAUCCUUCCCGAGGCUUCUUCACCGAUUCAGUAUCUUGUGUCUCGGUGGGGCUCGGAUAUAAACUCACUGGGUUCAUAUAGCUAUGAUCAAGUAGGGAAACCGCAUGAACUGUAUGAGAGGCUACGAGUUCCAGUAGAUAACCUUUUCUUUGCAGGGGAAGCAACAAGUAUGAGCUAUCCAGGGUCUGUCCAUGGUGCAUAUUCCACUGGAAUGAUGGCAGCUGAAGAUUGCAGGAUGCGUGUACUUGAGCGAUACGGAGAACUGGAUUUGUUUCAGCCAGUAAUGGGAGAGAUGGCUUCCUUGACUAUCCCACUUCAGAUAUCUCGUAUGUAACCACUAUAUCAUCUUUGGUCACCACUCCUAAUGGCAUUAGUCAUUAGUUUCCAAUAGCAAUUAUUGAGGCAUUAGUCUCUAAGUAAAUGUCUGUAAUGCAGUCAUAUCCUGGGUUUUAUGUCCGUAGUUAAUGUUGUGAAAAACUGGUAAUGUAUGAAUAUUUUGUAGAGGCUGAAAAUGGAAGAUGUGCAUCUUCGUUUGAAGAAGCCUAUGUACAUCCACCAAUAUAUUUUCUUAAUAAAGAUGCCUUGUGCAUUUUUCUAGUCUUUCAAA